GUUUCUUAAACCCGCUCAGAGUGAGACCUCUCGUAGUGAGUUUCUCUCUGCAGGAGGUUCUUCAUGAAAACAUCAGAGUCUCGGAGCUUCAGACUUGGAGAUAUUUCAACUAUUUUUGCUCCUCUGCUCUCUGUCAGUGGCUCCUCUUUAACACCAAGACACCAUGACGGAGCAGAACACACAGGCGAAGCUGAAGAACCUGCUGAAGCAGGAGAAGAUCCAGCUCUGGAACCCUCCGUAUACCCAGGAGGACAACCAGCCAGGAGACCAACACAUCCAGGAGCUGGCGCAGCGUUACGCCCCGUUCCUUAAUCUGUCUGUGGCAGAGGUAGGGGGCGCUCUGGAGUCAAUCCGGGCUCAGGCGGUGAAGAGGGGAAAAGGAAACAGGACCUUCAGAGAGACGAGCGUGGCAACGCUGGAGCUGCUGCUGCCCAGAGAUGCCAAGAAGGAUUCAAAGAGGAAGAACUACAUGGAGACGCGGCUGGACAUGCCGGUGCAGCAGCUGGUGGACAGGAUCACUGAGGAGUUCAGCCUGAAACACGUCAAACUGAUCCUGAACGGGAGAACUCUGAGCGUGGACAAGCAUCUGGAUGAGCAGGGAGUGAAGAACCACAGUAAGGUGAUGGUCUUGAAGGUCAGCGACGCCGAGCAGAUCAACAAGGAGGAAGAGGAGAAGAAGAACCAGAAUGAGAGCAUCCAGAGGACCCAGAAAGGUUUCCAGAUCCUGUCUGAGAGAGACGGCAGCGAGGAUCCAGACACCACGCCGUUCCUGGAGAUCGCAGACCAGAAAGGAAACCCUCUGAAGAUCCCUCACAAGGAGAAGAAGGCUCUGAUCCUGGCCAUGGGUUUCCAUGAGAAAGGCCGCUCGCUGAUGAAGAGGAAGCAGUACGAUAACGCCCUGUGCCACCUGCUGCAGGCCGACCAGCAGUUCAGCGAGUGUGGCUCGGCUCUGCUCAGCUCCGUGGAUAACUACGCCGUCCUGCAGCUGGACAUCGUGUGGUGCUACUGGGCCCAGGAGGCCCUAUCCUGUCUGGAAGACGGCCGCAGCCGCCUGCAGAGAGCCGAGGAGUGCUUCCUGAAGUGUUAUGGAGAACAGCAGCAGAGGCUGCUCAUGAUCAAGGGUAACACGGGCAGAGAGGAGGUUCUGUUCCUGCGUCUGUACCUCCUGCAGAGCCUCCUCUCCUACGUUGAAGGAAACGACUGCCAGGCCCGAGUUCUGCUUUCUAAAGUGGAGAAUCUCUACGGACGUCUAUGUCCGGACUCGGAGAAGAUGGCUCAGCUCAUGGCUCUGGGAUUCACUGAAAGAGAAGCCCGGCUGGGACUCCGGGCCUGUGGAGGAGACCUGCAGGAGGCCGCCAUCCACAUCAGCAACCGUCGUCAGGAGCGUGAGGAGGUGAAGCAGAGGGAGAGACAGAAGAGGACAGCCAGGAUGGAGGCUAUCUCCAGCCUGAUGGAGCUGGGGUUCUCUAGGAGGGAUGUAGCCAGAGCUCUGCACCAUGCUGAGGGGAACGUGGACAAAGCUUACUCUAUCCUGCUAGACUCAUCUCAGGCUGCUCAGACCACCUUAGAGGACAGCGUCAGUCCAGAGAAGGUGGAGCAGCUUCUAUAUUUGGGGUUUGAGAGAGAAUCUGCUGAAGCAGCUCUCAGACUGACAGGAGACGAUGUCCAGUCAGCGACUCAACUGCUGUUGGACAACCAGGGGGUUCUGUCCCCGGAUCUGAUGUCCCCGCCCUCUACCUCCUCCCCCUCACCUUCUUCUGAGGAUGCUAGCACCUCCUCCACCUCUCCAGAGGACAGCGAGCUGGUUAACGAGGUCUUGGAGGACAUUUCUCGUCAUGAGGAGGACUAUUUGGACUUGUCUCUGGAGGAGGAGAGUGAGGUCAUCUCCACCCUGAAGACCUACCUGAACAGAGAGCCUACACACACACCCUGUGAGCCUUUAACCGAUGGAUGAUCUGCUCUAAUCUGUGCCUGGACCUUCAGAGCUACGACCUGAACACAGAAGGUCCAGGUGUUCAUCACAGCUAUUCUUGAGGUUGAGGUAGAAUGUUUCCAGUGAGGAGCCAGGAACCUUCAAGCAUCCCAGCACCUCCUCAGAUCAUCCAGAUUUGUAAAUGUUCAGAAUGAAGCUUAGCAGAAAUGUUAAACCAGGAUUAUUUCAUCUGGUCAGGCUGGUUGAACCGGGUCUCUUUAGUUCAUGAUGAUUUUUGUUUCUGCUGCAGAAUCAUUGAUGUUUGAUCAAACAGACUCAUGUUGCUGAAGAUCUGGCCUCAGUUUAAAUAAUGUUCUAACGAAGGGAUAGAACGUUUUGUUUGACUUUAUUUUAAAAUGUUCCUGUUUUGUUUUGCCUGGUUCUGAUGAAGUGAUAAUAAAAAGUUCUGUCAGUUUGCCUAAAAACA